AGAAGGGUGGUAGCACUAUACCUUCCAUUCUCAAGUAUUUCUUUCACAUGAAGAAUUUGUUGGCUGGGAGAUUUUUUGUCAAGUAACUUUCUUUCUUUCAGUUUUUUGUCAAGAGAUUUUUUGUCAACAGACUUUUGUUUUUCUCAAAAUAGAAAUUGACAAUUAUUUUAUCUUAACCUCUAUUUUUAAAUUUUUUUUUUUUUUAUGGGUUCUCAAGAAACAUUUCACUUCAGUCCUUGACUUGGUGGGCUCGAUUGAUUAUGAGUUUUGAGUCAAAUGUGUUCGCUGUGUAUAUCUGUUCAACUAGGCUUUAUAUUAAUAUAUACAUAUUGUUUGAUUGUUAUAAAAUUGAGUUAAUUCUUUGAUAUAAUAAGAGAAUUUGCCAACCAGCACUUCUACCCCAAAAAUAGAGUUUGUAUUCUCUAAUUCACUCAUCUGAUUUAAAUACAUAUUACAUCCAUAAUAUUCAAUUAUUCAUACCUUCUGUCAUGUUCUGAUUAAUGCUUUGUUUUAAUAUAUUAUAAGAUUCUCUCUACUUAUUAUAUAGAUCAAAAAACCAUUUAACCACAAGUGGAUUAACAAUAAAUCAAAUUUUUGCAUGCUGAAUGUUUGGAAAUACUAUUAAAUUGUCAUAUUUACAGGUAAAUUUUUGGGGGAAAUGUCCAUUUUUCAGGGUUGGUUCUGCCCGUUUUUUUAACAAAAAUGUCAAGCCCUUAAAUAAUUUUUGCUCUAAAUAACAGCAAAAAAGUCAUAUAUUCCUAAUACAUAAGAGAAUUAAAAACCUAAACAUUAUAUUUACACCCUUUUUUCCAAUUUUUCUUCAAAUUAUUCAACCAUAAUUAUUUUGCCUCUCUUCAACUUUUCCUUUAGAUAAACACAAAAUUUAAAAUAUGUUUACUUUGUAUUACUUCAAUUAGAAAACCAUCUACAGCUUGCUCAUUAGUUCUCUUAAUUUUGUAACUUUGUAUUUCCUACAUUGAAAAACUAUUUAUAACUUUCUUAUUAAAUCAAUAAAUUAUAUUAUUCCUGUUUAUACAUAAUUAAAUGUUUAUGAUUAUUGUUCUAACUCAAUUUCCCCCAUUCAUCAAUAUUAACAUUUACUAUUUUCUCACUUUUUUUUUUAUAACAGGGUCAAGACCUCCAUCAAAGAGAAGAAAAAUCAUGAAGAAAGUGCAAAAACAAAGCUCGCCCAAUUAAAUAGCAUGCUGUACAAAACUAUCCAACUUUUGCUAUUUUGAUGCCUACUUCCUACUAUAAACAUCUCAAUGUAUAUACAAACAAGUGUGAUAUUUUAACAUAACAAGUAGCCUGUAAAAUAUGUUAUUACAUGCUUUUUGGCAACUUACACUCCUUUAGUUAAACAUAAUGUUAUAAAUUAAAUCUCAUUGUAUAUAUAAACAAUCUAACUUUGUCUACGCAAUUUCAAAACCCGCAGCAUCGCGCCGGCUUUCCUGCUAAUGUUUGCUAAACUCCAAAGGAGAGCAUUUGCAUUUUAGCCAAGAUUAGCGUCAUAAAAGAAGACUUACUUUGAAUGUUGAUUGCAUGAUUGAAGCAGCUUCUACACCACUCUCAAAAGUUGACAAGGUCAACCACCACCAUGGAAAUCAUAAGAGAGCUUCACAAAUUAUUAUCAAGCAACUGCUUGAACUCCUGUAAAAAAUGUCACAAUUGUAGCAAAAUCCGACGGUCUACAAUCUUGUGAUCAAAAUACUCCUCUCAACCUUAGAGUACUUAUAGGUGCGUGUGAGCAAACACAUCCAAGGCUCCCACUUUUAAAAAUCGGUUAUGUCUACUUCCAUGUUGGUUCCCUCCAAGUCUUACUGUCAAACCUCGUAUUUAGAAAUGGAGGAGAAUUGCAAGCUUACCACAUAAUUCAUUUGACUUCUUCUGAGAUUAUUCAAGCAAAAGUUUUCAUUGAAAAGCAAACACAUUCAAUUGAAUUGACCAUCAGUUUCAAAUUUUUGAUGAAAAACUUUGCUUCAGAUGCCUCUCUUUUUCUUCCUCUAUCUUGGGUUGUGCUUAAGCUUCACCAGUUUUGGCUCCUGCGUUGCCAGCAGCCAUGAAAUCCCACAUAGAAAAUUGAGCAAUGCUCCAUGUCCAUUGGAUAUUGAUGCUUUCCGUAAAAUAAUCCGUGAAGCUGAUCAACCCCUCUUGCUUCUUGAUGUCCAGACAGAGUGCCAGUUCAUGCUUGAAGGAAUCCGGUUGCUUCGAUCAGAAUAUCUCAGAACCACCGGCUACUUUUCCCCGCCUUCCAAUGCCUCCGAGGCAUGUUGGCAUGCCUAUGAAAGUUUGAGCAAUGAGUGGUUACCCGGGUUCGGGGUUCGAUCCACUUGUGGAUUUAAGGCCAGUUUGAUGACAGGGGGUUGCAUGAAUAUCACAACCCGGUCACAGUUUGAAAGCCUAAUUUCUCAAUCUGAGCUGCAGGGAAUUCAGGACUCUUGCAAUCAGUCUUUGGAGAAUAAUUCAACUUGUGAUUCAUGUAAGCAGAGGUUGUGGCGUGUGAGUGCUUCUAACUUUGGUAGGCCUGUGGAUGGGAAUGAAUCAGAUUGCAAUAGCUAUCCAUUUAUGUAUGCUGCAGCUUUUGCUAGCAGGUAUGGGCCUACAAACUUGGGCGCAGUCAAGUGUUUGUUUUCACUAGAUUUCAAUGCCUUUAAUGUAAAUACUAAAAGGAUCAAGCAUACCAAGGUAAUGCAAAGGGCAGUGUUGGUAGGAUGUGUUAGUGGGUUCUUUGUGGCAGUUUUGGUGGUUUGGGUUCUUUGGAGAAGGCACAAGAAGUACAGGGGAAGGAAGAGAAACAUGGAGUCAACCGAUAUGGGUUUUGCUUCAGCCAUGGAGAUUAUUGGUGAAAAUACCAGUUUGGUUAAGUUCCCAUUUGAGGAAAUCAAAAAGGCUACCAAGAAUUUCUCAAGGGAGAACAUAAUUGGGAUGGGAGGCUAUGGGAAUGUCUAUAAGGGAAUAUUAGCUGAUGGGUCUGAAGUAGCUUUGAAAAGGUUCAAGAACUUCUCUGCUGGUUGGGAUGAAGCUUUUGCACAUGAGGUGGAGGUUAUUGCAAGCAUUAGGCAUGUGAAUCUUGUUACUGUGAGAGGCUAUUGUACUGUGGCUGUGCCUCUGCAAGGCCACCAGAGGAUAAUUGUGUGUGAAUUGGUGCACAAUGGAAGCCUCUAUGAUCAUCUUUUUGAUUCAAGGAUGAAGAAACUCAGUUGGCCAAUUCGACAAAAGAUUGCUAGUGGAAUUGCCCGCGGAUUGGCUUAUUUGCAUUACGGUGUAGAGCCUGCCAUCAUCCACAGAGAUGUUAAAGCGAGUAACAUACUUCUAGAUCAAACAUUUGAGCCAAAACUGGCUGAUUUUGGCUUUGCAAAGUUCACACCAGAAGGAUUUACACAUUUGAGCACAAGGGUAGCUGGGACACUAGGAUAUGUUGCACCUGAAUAUGCCAUGUAUGGGCAAUUAUCAGAAAGAAGUGAUGUCUACAGUUUUGGGGUAGUGCUUCUUGAGCUCCUGAGUGGGAAAAAAGCAGUUGCAGAAGCUGAUGGCACCGGAACUUUGCUGUUGGCAGAUUGGGCUUGGUCCCAAGUGAGGGAAGGCAACCCAUUGGAUGUUGUAGAUGAAAGCAUGCCUGAGUUGGGCUUUGCAGAAGUUAUGGAAAGGCAUGUUUUAGUUGCAGUUCUUUGCUCUCAUCCAGUAGCAUAUGCAAGGCCAACAAUGGACCAAGUUGUGAAGAUGUUGGAAUCAGAUUUUCCACUUCCCUCAAUCCCAGAUUGCCCUCUUGUUGAUGAAAUGGUUAAAAUAGAUCAGCCAGCUAGCUUUAGUGGCUCAAGUUACAUUUCAAGCCCUGAGGGCCAGCAACCAUGUAGCUAUGAGAGUGACCAUUCCAUUCUAAGUGAUUUGGAGAAAGUGGGAAGUUCACAAAAACACAUGUAAAGAUAGUGUACCAAUUCUUUUGAAUCAUUAUAGAGAGACAUUUUUUACUGAAGGUGUAAAAUUCUUUGAUUCAUAAAGCCAUUCAGCUCAAA